UUUUUAGAAUCAAUCGGAAAACUUUAUAAUGCAGGAUUGCAGCCACAGAUUGCAAAUCUUUAUCCGAUAGAAAAACUUCCUGUAAGCCGCGGUACCUCAAUGAUUUCUCCUCUCAUAAGAUGGAAUCAUUCCGAAGACUUCUACGUGUUUCAAUAUAUUCAUCAAAAAGUAAUUUUCAAUAGAAAAAUGGUUAUCAAUAUUGAUGUAGCUGAUGAGGCAUUCAUAUAUUUAAUGGGCCAUGUCGUAGAUAACAAAAUUUUAUUUCCGGCUAUGGGAUAUCUUUUUUGUCUCUGGGAGAUGAUGGCAUCGUUGAAUAAACAAGAGUGUACCAAUGUACCAAUCGUAUUUGAAGACGUUAAUUUUAUUCGUGCUACAGUACUAUCACAACAAAAUGAGAUUGAAUUAACUUUUUUGAUUCAAGAAGGUACCAACAGGUUUGAAAUAACCGAAGGAGAUAACGCUGUGGUUACUGGAAUAUUACAAAUUCCAACUAAUGUUGAAAAUGAAAAAAUUUCUGCUAAUCUUGCUGAAUGUGUCGAUGAUGAAGAAGAAAUGAAUACAAAAGACAUCUACAAGGAAUUAAGGCUUCGUGGUUAUCAAUACACCGGUGUAUUUCGUGGAUUACAAAGUGCAUCGGUUUCGGGAUCAAACGGCCAUAUCGCAUGGACAUCUAAUUGGGUGGCAUUUAUGGACAGUAUGUUACAGAUGAUGAUAUUAGGACAGAAUUCAAGAAAUCUUUUGGUUCCAACAAGAAUUCGCAAACUGACUAUCGAUCCGAAAUAUCACAUACAGCUAAUUCAGGAUUACCCAAUUGAAGAUAGACAAUUCUCUGUUCGUCAUUACAAAUCUUUAAACGUUAUAAUAUCUGGAGGAAUAGAAAUUUGUGGCAUUGUGGCUACACCUAUACUUCGCCGACAAAAAGCAGUCAAGGCCGUUCUUGAAGAAUACAAAUUUGUUGCUCAUCGUGAUUUAGAAACUAUGUCGUUACAAGAUGCAAUAAAAAUGUCGACGCACAUUGCACUUGAGUGUUGCAAUAUGAUAAAUGUUAAAAUUAUCGAAUUUGUCGAUGAUAGUGAUAAAGUGGCACCAGAAGAUUUAAAUUCUCCACUUGUUAGUAAAAUUUUAAAUGAUUUGCCGCAGAUUCAACAUCACACCAAACUCGUGAUGACACACGAAAUAUUCCCAAAUAUCUCUUUGCCCAACGAUGUUUCUACCACGGAGAUUACUAAGUUAUCAAAAAACGAAAAUUGUUUGAUGAUCAUUGGUUUUGAUAUUUUGACAAAAAAUAGCAAGGAAUUAUAUAAACAGUUAUUGCCUUUAUUAAUGCCGCAAGGUUUUAUACUAACUCUGGAAAAAUCUGGUGCGGUUUGCGAUUAUUCAUAUCUGAAAACAUAUGAGUUAGAUGUCAUACUGGAGAAACAAAUAAAUGAAAAGACGCUUUUACUACUAAGAAAAAUGCGACGUAUUGCGAAGAACCAGCGGAUUGUACAUGUGAACAAUUAUGAGUUUACGUGGGUAAAUGAACUAAAGUCAAUCAUGAGUGUGCAAAGCGAGACUGGUGUAGAUACGGAGAUAAUACUAGUCUCGGAAGAAGACUUCGAAUGCGGACUGCUCGGUUUUAUUAAUUGUUUGCGAAAAGAACCAGGGGGCGAAAUAAUUAAAAGCGUAUUCAUUCAAGAUAACAAAGCGCCCGGUUUUUCUUUGCAAGAAUCAUUGUACAUGAAACAGUUGCAGUUGGAUCUACCUAUCAAUGUUUUACGUUUCGGUAACGUUUGGGGAUCCUACAGGCAUUUUCCAUUACCAUCGUUGAAACUAAAACUCGUACCGAGUGCUUACGUUAAACAGAUGGUACAAGGAGAUCUGAGUACUAUCUGCUGGGCACAGAGCAAAAUGUCUCGCAUGAAUCAUAAAGACCUCAUUGAUGUAAUUUAUACAUCUAUUAAUUUUAGAGAUAUCAUGGUAACCACUGGUAGACUUAACCCUGAAACUAUCGCACCGUUCGAACUCGGUAACGAUUGUUUCAUUGGCUUGGAAUUUGUUGGUUUCAAUUCGCAUAGGCAGAGAAUAAUGGGAUUAUGUUCACAUGGAGGAAUGACGAAUAGUGUCGUGGCUGAUAAAUAUCUUAGUUGGAUUAUACCUGACAAAUGGACAAUGGAAGACGCAGCGACGAUUCCAUGUGUGUACAGCACGUGCUACUAUGCUUUAUACAUAAAGGGUAAAAUGAAAAAAGGAGACAAAAUCUUGAUCCAUUCGGGUACUGGAGGUGUUGGUCAAGCUGCCAUUUAUCUUGCGCUUCACGAAGGUUGUGAAAUUUUUACGACAGUUGGAACUGUCGAGAAACGGCAGUUUAUAAGAGAAACGUUUCCCUCUAUCUCCGAAGAUAAUAUCGGAAACUCUCGAGAUACAAGCUUUGAACAAAUGAUUAUGCAGCGUACAGGAGGUCGUGGGGUGGAUAUCGUAUUGAAUUCCUUAGCCGAAGAGAAAUUGCAAGCAUCUGUUCGCUGUUUAGCAAAUGGUGGCCGUUUUCUGGAAAUUGGAAAAUUUGAUAUGGUGUCCAAUAAUUCCUUGGAUAUAUCUAUCUUUUCUAAAGGUGUCAGUUUUUACGGUAUUUUAUUAGAUAAAUUAUUCUAUUCAAACGCAGAACAAAAGUCAAGGUUGUGGAAAACAAUAACAGAAGGUUUAAAAAACGGUGCAAUUAAACCGCUGUGCAGAAGAGUCUUUGAAAGAAAUGAAAUAGAAGCUGCCUUUAGAUAUAUGGCUGCUGGAAAACAUAUUGGCAAGAUAAUAAUAAGAGUUCAUAAAGAGGAAGAGCCUUUGGAUGCUCCGCUACUUGCUCAUCCACGAUAUCAUUGUCUAGAUUAUAAAUGCUACGUUAUUUUGGGUGGACUAGGCGGUUUUGGUUUAGAGCUAGCAGAUUGGUUGACUCUCCGAGGUGCAAAAAAUCUGGUUUUGACAUCACAAACCGGGAUUAGAACAGGUUAUCAGCAAUCAAGAGUAAAGUUAUGGCGAUCUUACGGUGUGGAUGUACAGAUCGUUACAAUCGAUGAUAAUCUGAAUCACGAAGACUGUGAAUCUAUAUUGAAAUUUGCUGAGAAAAAAGCACCAGUGGACGCUAUAUUUAAUCUUGCAGUUGUUUUAAAAGAUUGUACGUUCCAAAAUCAAUUACCACAAAUGUUCGAGGAUUCAUUCAAAUCAAAAGCAUGGAUGACGAAGAAAAUGGAUGAAUUGUCGAGAAGGAUAUGUCCACAACUUCGACAUUUUGUCGUUUUUUCCUCCGUCUCAUGUGGAAGAGGAAACGCAGGCCAAACGAAUUAUGGAAUGGCUAAUUCCGUAAUGGAGAGAAUCUGUGAGAAGAGGAUGGAAGAAGGAUUACACGGUUUAGCGAUACAAUGGGGUGCUGUUGGUGAUGUCGGACUCGUGGCAGAUAUGCAAGAAGAAAAUAAGGAAUUGGUUAUUGGAGGUACAUUGCAACAACGAAUAUCUUCCUGUUUGGAUACAUUAGAAACAUUCCUACUACAAGACCGCCCUGUCGUAAGCAGUAUGGUUGUUGCUGAAAAAGCAAAAAUUGGCGGAUCAAUGAAUAUUUCUGAAACGGUUGCUCAUAUCAUGGGAUUGAAGAACAUAAACGCAGUGCCACCCAAUAUGCCACUGGCCGAAAUGGGUAUGGAUUCGAUGAUGGCAGUAGAAAUUAAGCAAACAUUGGAAAGAGAAUUUGAUAUUUCCUUGACAGCGCAAGACAUUAGAACACUAAAUUUUGCUAAACUUAGACAAAUGACAAUUACAACCGAGCAUGGAAAGACACAUAAUACAAACAAAAUUAAUAAAGAUUUUAACAUGCUGUUUCGAAGAAUGAAGGAUUCAGAUUUUGUUCCAGAUAUUCUUGUAGAACUUGCUACAAAAAAGGAGAUUGGUAGGAACAAUGUUUUUCUCUUACCAGGAAUCGAAGGACAUUCAAGUGUAUAUAAGUCUAUAGCAUCAGAAAUCAAAUCUUCGGCAACGUGUUUGCAACAUGGUCUACUUAAUAUUCCUGACGAAAGUCAUUCAGUGAUAAAGUCAGCCGCUUAUUUGCUGCCUCACUUAUUAAAGAAAAUAAAAGAUCAAAGGGAAUUUCUAAUAGUGGGUUAUUCGUUCGGAUCCUUAAUUGCCAUCGAAUUAGCAAGAUUAUUAGAAGCUAAUGAUUUCUCAGGACAACUAAUACUAAUAGAUGGAGCUCCUGACCAAAUGAAAUGUUGGACUAAUCAAUAUUUGGACAGUACUUCGCCAGAAGAGUUACAAAACAUAAUCUUACUUGGUUUAUUGGAAAUGUACACUACAAUUAACAAGAAAACGCUUACGUUAGAGUUGAAUAAAUGUAAUACAUGGGAAGAAAAAUUAAAACUAUUUCAUUCUUACUUCCCGAACGAGGUAAAUGUAUUGACGACCGAAAAUCAAAAACUUAUGUAUUUCACAGUUUACAAUCAUAUAGUCGCUAUACAGAAUUAUGAUAUUUCUUCAUUACCUCGCCUUAAAUCACCUAUAACAUUGCUAAAACCUACAUUUCCGAUUGUCUCUGUUACUGAAGAGGAUUAUGGUCUACAUAAGGUUACCGAAGGUAAAGUGCAAAUUCAUUAUGUGGAAGGUAAUCAUAUUACAAUGAUGGACAACAACAAAAUUAUAUCAGCUAUUAACGAAGAGUGGAUAGAGGAUCUAAAUCGAUAAAUGUAUAUACUUUAUUAGAAUGUAGUAACAUAA